AACAUCAAACAGAGCUGUAAGAAUCUGGAGCAGAAGGCAGCAAUGUAGACUGCAGGAGGCUUUUAUUGUAACAUGAGACUCUUGGGGUUGUUUUAAGCGAGGAGUUGGUGCUGACUCCACAGGUUUCUGGGGUGUUUUCCAGUAGGGACAAGCGUUGUGGAAAGGAUCUUCCCAGUUCAGGCUGAAAGCACUGAAUGCCUGUCCUGGAGCAAAGCAAAAGCUGGGAAAAAAGCAGCUGAGCAAAGCAGGAGGAUGAGAGGAUUCCUUGAGCAGUCUCCAGCCUUGCUCUCUGCCCUCUUUGGAUCUCUUGCCCCUCGUGUGAGGGCAGGUUUCACUGUCUUCAAGUCUGCUGAUUUACAGUUUUCAUCCUGCCAAGGCUGCUCCUCUGAAGAGGGAGCUGCACCUGGUGGCAUAGCCAAACCCUCAUCAUCCUUAGGGAAACGCAAAGCUUCUGCAGGGCUGUGGAGUUCCCACCCUUGGGCAGGGAAGCAGCAGCAGCAGCAGCCUCUUUCUUUGCAGGUUGGCUUCUAGCACCAGAAGAAGGAGGCUGCAGUAUUCUGAGCGGAGUGCUCAGCUUCCAGGCUUGGAUCUUCACAACUUGGAGGAAUAUGAAGCCAAUUGGGAAAGUGCUUUGUGCUGCAGGGCUCCUGGCUGGGCUCUUAGCUUUCUUCUGGAGAGAGCCUUUUAACCCAGAGAGCUUGGUUGGUGCCCGUGUCCUGCUGACUGGAGCCAGUGCUGGCAUUGGAGAGCAGAUGGCUUACCACUAUGCCAGGUUUGGUGCUGAAAUGGUCCUGACUGCUAGGAGGGAAGCUGUGCUGCAGAAGGUGAUGGAGAAGUGCCUCACAUUAGGAGCAAAGAAAGUGUUCUUGAUCCCUGCAGAUAUGUCUUCCCCUUCAGAGCCUCAAAAGGUGGUCCAGUUUGCUGUCCAAAAGCUGGGGGGCCUGGAUUACCUGGUGCUGAACCACAUCGGUGCCAACCGCUUCCAGAUGUGGGCUGGAGAUGUGGAAUUCACUCGUUGGCUCAUGCAGGUGAACUUCUUCAGUUAUGUGGCACUGGCAACAGCAGCCCUGCCCACCCUGGAGAAGAACAAUGGCUCUCUGGUGGUGGUUUCCUCCGUUGCAGGGAAAAUUGCCACUCCCUUCACCACUUCUUACUCUGCCACCAAGUUUGCUCUGGAUGGGUUCUUCAGCUCUCUGCGCCAUGAGCUCAUCAUGCAGGGGAAAAAUGUCUCUGUCACACUCUGCAUCCUGGGCCUGGUUGACACUGACACAGCGAUGGAGAGCGUCAGGGGCAAAGUGCACCUGACUGCAUCUCCUGCUCCAGAAGCUGCUCUUGCCAUCAUCCUGGGGGGUGCCACACGGCUGCAGGAGGUUUUCUACCCGUGGUGGCUGCAGCAAGUGUUCUACCUCUGGGUUCUGGCCCCCAGUAACCAGGUUUUGCAGAGUUACUACAACUACAGCAGCCCCUGAGGGAUGCCCACUCUCAGGUUCCUCUCCUGUCCUAUGUCCCUUCUAAUCACACUCCCCCAGCCCAGCCAAGCAGGAGGGUAGCAGUGGUGGCAGCCUCAGCUUUUCCUAAGGCUUCUUGGUCUGCUGCUGCUUCAGCCACAGCUCUGACAUCUCUGUCAGCCAGAGGAGCCCUUUCCCUCUGUUCACUCUGUCUUAGCUCUCCACCCAUCUUCCUCCCUUCAGCCUCAUCUGUCUGCUCUCAGCUCCAGCUUCGACCUCUGUGCAGGAUGCCCUGGGAACAUCUGCCCUCCUGGGACAUUCUGCUCCCCUGCUCCAGUGCUUUGUGGCCUCUGUGAACUCUUCUGCCUUGCCAGGAGUAAAAUUUUCAUUUCAGGUUUAACUAAGA